AUGUCAAAUAAUCAAAAAUAUGAUACCAAAUGCUUUGAUCAUACAUAUCAAGAUAUUAUUUCAAUAUGCUCAACUUGUCCAAACAACACUCCUGUCUGUAUUGAUUGUAUUAACGAGAAUCAUAAUGGCCAUAGAUUAAAAAAACUAAAUGAUAUAAAUUUAAGAAAUCAAAUAAAACAGGAUUUUAAAAAUCGAUCAAUUUUUCCACUAAACAAAUUUUUAGAUUUUAAUAAAAAAUUAUUGAAUGAAUCAGACAACCACUUAAAACAAAUUCAAGAUAACUAUAAAUUGAAUUGUGUUAAAGCUUUUAAUUUAUUUAACGAAUUAAAAAAAAUUAUCAAUGCCAAAGAAAAUGAUAUCAAAUUAUUAUUAAUAACCAAAUUAGAAGAAAAUACAGAAAUAAAUAAAAUAAUAAAAACAACAAUAGAAAAAAAUAAUAAUAUAAUUAAAAAUGCUAUUAAAUAUAAUAAUGAUGUUAAUAAUAAUGAUAUAAAUUAUAAUGAUGUUAUUAAUAAUGAAUUUAUUGAACUUUUAAAGCACAAUCAUCAAUUUAACAAUUUUUUCUCAAAUAUAAUUAAUAAAAACUUCCCAGAAUAUAAAGAUACUCAAUUAACAAUUCAAGAAGAUAAUCUAGACUCAAUCAAAGGUCUAACCAACAGUUAUUUAGAAGUUCUUGAUAUUCCUUUAGAUUUAAAAACUCUAAAAAAUAACAUCAAGUAUCAAUUAACAUCUGAUUCCAUUCCAGCAACAAUUACACAUUUAAUACUACACGAUGGCUUUGAUCAACCACUUGAUUUUAUACCACCCACCGUACAACACUUGUAUUUACAUAACAUCAAGUAUCAAUUAACACCUGAUUCAAUUCCAGCAACAGUUAAACAUUUAUAUUUAUUGGAUGGUUUUGAUCAACCACUUAAUGUUAUACCACACACCGUAGAAUACUUGCAUUUAGAUAACAUCAAGUAUCAAUUAACACCAGAUUCAGUUACAGGAGCAGUUAAACACUUAUACUUACUUGAUGGCUUUAAUCAACCACUUAAUUUUAUACCACCCACCGUAAAAUCCUUGUUUUUAGAAAACAUCAAGUAUCAAUUAACACCUGAUUCAAUUCCAGCAACAGUUACAGAUUUAUUUUUACAAGAUGGAUUUGAUCUACCACUUGAUUUUAUACCACCCACCGUACAACACCUGUAUUUAAGUAACAUCAAGUUUCAAUUAACUCCUGAUUCAAUUCCAGAAACAGUUACACGUGUAUAUUUACAAAAUGGCUUUAAUCAACCACUUAGUUUUAUACCACCCACCGUACAACACUUGUUUUUAGAAAACAUCAAGUAUCAAUUAACUCCUGAUUCAAUUCCAGCAACAGUUAUACAUUUAUAUUUACAAGAUGGCUUUGAUCUACCACUUAAUUUUAUACCACUCACCGUACAAUGCUUGUAUUUAGAUAACAUCAAGUAUCAGCUAACACCUGAUUCAAUUCCAGCAACAGUUACACAUUUAUAUUUACAAGAUGGCUUUGAUAAACCACUUGAUUUUAUACCACACACCGUACAAUGCUUGUAUUUACAUAACAUCAAGUAUCAAUUAACACCUGAUUCAAUUCCAGCAACAGUUAUACAUUUAUAUUUACUUGAUGGCUUUAAUCAAACACUUAAUUUUAUACCACCCACAGUAAAAUACUUGCAUUUACAAAACUUCAGGUAUCAGCUAAUACCUGAUUCAAUUCCAGCAACAGUUAAACAUUUAUAUUUACUUGAUGGUUUUGAUAAACCACUUGAUUUUAUACCACACACCAUACAACACUUGUAUUUAAAUAACAUCAAGUAUCAAUUAACACCUGAUUCAAUUCCAGCAACAGUUACACAUUUAUCUUUACUUAAUGGCUUCAAUCAACCACUUAAUUUUAUACCACCCACCAUACAAUGCUUGUAUUUAAAUAACAUCAAGUAUCAAUUAACACCUGAUUCAAUUCCAGCAACAUUUAUUCAUUUAUGUUUACUUGAUGGAUUUAAUCAACCACUUAAUUUUAUACCACACACUGUAAAAUACUUACAUUUAAAAAACAUAAAUUAUAAAUUAACACCUGAAUCAAUUCCAGCAACAGUUACACAUUUAUAUUUACGAGAUGGCUUUAAUCAACCACUUAAUUUUAUACCACCCACCGUACAAAAUUUGUGUUUAGAUAACAUCAAGUAUCAAUUAACACCUUAUUCAAUUCCAGCAACAUUUGCAUAUUUAUUUUUACGAGAUGGCUUUAAUCAACCACUUAAUUUUAUACCACACACCGUACAAUACUUGUAUUUAUAUAACAUAAAGUAUCAAUUAACACCUGAUUCAAUUCCAGCAACAGUUAAAUAUUUAUAUUUAUUUGAUGGCUUUCAUCAACCACUUAAUUUUAUACCACCCACCGUACAAUGCUUGCAUUUAGAUAACAUCAAGUAUCAAUUAACACCUGGUUCAAUUCCAGCAACAGUUACACAUUUAUAUUUACGAGAUGGCUUUAAUCAACCACUUAAUUUUAUACCACCCACCGUACAAUACUUGUAUUUAUAUAACAUCAAGUAUCAAUUAAAACCUGAUUCAAUUCCAGAAACAGUUACAUAUUUACAUUUACUUGAUGACUUUAAUCAACCACUUAAUUUUAUACCACCCACCAUAGAAAACUUGUAUUUACAAGACAUCAAGUAUCAAAUAACACCUGAUUCAAUUCCAGCAACAGUUACAGAUUUAUUUUUACGAGAUGGCUUCAAUCAACCACUUAAUUUUAUACCACACACCGUAGAAUGCUUGUAUUUAAAUAACAUCAAGUAUCAAUUAACACCUGAUUCAAUUCCAGAAACAGUUAAACGUUUAUAUUUACAAGAUAACUUUGACCAACCACUUAAUUUUAUACCACACACCGUACAAUGCUGGUAUUUACAUAACAUCAAGUAUCAAUUAACUCCUGAUUCAAUUCCAGCAACAGUUAUACAUUUAUAUUUACAAGAUGGCUUUAAUCAACCACUUAAUUUUAUACCACUCACCGUACAAUACUUGUAUUUAGAUAACAUCAAGUAUCAAUUAAAACCUGAUUCAAUUCCAGCAACAGUUAAAAGCUUAUCUUUACUUGAUGGCUUUAAUCAACCACUUAAUUUUAUACCACCCACCGUAAAAUCCUUGUAUUUAGAUAACAUCAAGUAUCAAUUAAAACCUGAUUCAAUUCCAGCAACAGUUACAUAUUUAUGUUUAAAAGAUGGCUUUAAUCAACCACUUAAUUUUAUACCACUCACCGUAAAAAUUUUGUAUUUAAAUAACAUCAAGUAUCAAUUAAAACCUGGUUCAAUUCCAAAUCAUUUAGCUACUGUUAAAUUUGAUUAUGGUUUUUCUCAACGCUUUACAAAAGGUAUUAUCCCUGACACCAUAACUUCAAUUUAUAUGGGAAAUGUGGUCUAUCCUUUAGAACAUGACUCCGUUUCAAAAACUGAACAAAAUAUUUCUUAUUUAGCUACCUACAAACAUUCAAAAUUAAAAUAA